AUGCAGUCACUGCCAUCACCGUCGUCGCGAAUCGGUCUCUCAAUCUCCCGUCGAUUCCUCUCUUCCAACAGCCGAUCGCCCUUCACACUACCAAGAAACGCUUCCACCGGAGUCGCAAGCGUAACAACUGUAGCGAGCGCAGCAGGCGGCGCAGCAGACGGCACAGCAAGCGCCAGAGGUACCAGAUCGAUCUCGUCCGCGUGCUCGUCCGCUCGAUCUCCGCUUGCGUUUCCCGCACUGCGCUCCGCGACUUCCUCCGCGCUUUCCUCCGCGGCUUCUUCCGCUCGCCGCGGGAUGGCGUCGGAGCAAGCGCCUCCGCGCAACGUGCGGGUGAUGGCGGAAGCGGAUCGGGGGGCGGAACAACAGGCGGAGCGGAAGGGGGAGGCCCCCGGCGCAGCUGACAGAACGGCGGAGGAGAGGGGAGGCGGGGAGAGCGCGGGAAAGACGCACAAGUACACGAAUCGACUGGCUAAGGAGCAGAGCCCGUAUCUGCUGCAGCAUGCGCAUAACCCGGUACAUAUUUAUCCCUCCCUUCCGCGCACGUUGUCUUCCCCUCCGCACAGCUCCCCUCCGUGCACGUUAUCCUCCCCUCCGCACAGCUCCCCUCCACGCGCGUUGUCCUCCGUUCCGCACAGUUGUGGACAGGUAUCCGUGGGGAGAGGAGGCGUUUACACGGGCGCGGGAGGAGGGCAAGCUGAUAUUCCUGUCAGUGGGGUGGACUGGUACCCAUGGGGGGAAGAAGCGUUUGCGCGGGCGCGGGAGGAGGGGAAGCUGAUCUUUCUGUCAGUGGGGUACUCCACGUGUCACUGGUGCCACGUCAUGGAGGUGGAGUCCUUUGAGCGUGAUGACGUGGCGGACGUCAUGAACGACGGCUUCGUGAACAUUAAGGUCGACAGGGAGGAGCGCCCUGACGUGGACAAGGUCUACAUGACGUACGUGCAGGCCACACAGGGCGGGGGAGGGUGGCCCAUGUCGGUGUUCCUCACGCCCUCGCUGCACCCUGUCUUCGGUGGCACAUACUUCCCCCCAGACGACAAAUACGGCCGCAUCGGCUUUAAGUCUCUCCUUGGGCGAGUUCGCUCCGUGUGGGAACAGCGGCGCAGCGAGGUGCAGAGCGGUGCAGAGGACGCAAUGGCACAGCUACAGGAGGCCAUGCAAGGGGGAGGGGCGGGUGGGGGGAAGGGGGCGGCAGAGCAGCAGCAGGGGGGAAAACAGCAGGAUCAAGAGGAGGAGCGGGUGUGGAAGCUAGCAGAGAAGGCGGUUCAACUGUGUUCAGAGCAGCUGGCCUCGCGAUACGAUGAGGACUUGGGGGGGUUUGGGUCCGCGCCCAAGUUCCCCCGCCCCUCCGAACUCAACGUGUUGCUGCGGGCUCACCUGCGGGGGGAGGGGGGUGAGCGGGGGAAGGGGGAUACGGGGGCGGGGCGGAGGGUGGUGAGGUGGAAGGGGCUGGGGCCGUUACAAAUGGUGGAGCAUACUUUGGAGUGUAUGGCAAGAGGGGGCGUGCAUGACCACGUGGGAGGGGGCUUUCACCGAUACUCUGUGGAUGAGUACUGGCAUGUCCCUCACUUUGAGAAGAUGCUAUACGAUCAGGGCCAGCUCGCCAACGCCUAUCUCGACGCGUUCCUCGUCACCGGCCGCAAGGAUUUUGCGCGCAUGGGGCGGGAUAUUUUGGACUAUGUGCGGCGGGACAUGUCGCAUGGGGAGGGCGGCAUCUACAGUGCGGAGGACGCUGACAGCCUGGCGGCCAUUGGGGACGAGCGCAAGAAGGAAGGGGCGUUCUACGUGUGGAGUGAGAAAGAGAUUACGUCCAUCCUUGGCCCCUCCACCCCUCGCCUUCGCCUCUUCAACACACUCUACACGGUUCGCAAGGACGGCAACUGCGAUCUCUCUCCGCGCUCCGACCCGCACAACGAGUUCGCAGGGCUCAACUGCUUGAUCCAGCGCUGCUCGCUUUCUGACGCUGCUAAGACAGUUGGAGUGCCAGAGGAAGAAGCGGAGAAGAUGCUGGGAGAGUGCCGCAAGCUGCUGCAUGAAGCCAGGUGCAAGCGACCGCGCCCCCACCUGGAUGACAAGGUCAUAGUGGCAUGGAACGGCCUUGUGAUUUCUGCAUUCGCCCGAGCAGCUCGGAUCCUCCAAUCAGAGUCUGCCACGUCACCCCACUACUUCCCCGACGACGGAUCCCCGCCGUCCGUCUACCUCGCCUGCGCCGUCCGGGCGGCGACUUUCGUCCGGUCUAAGCUCUACGACCAGGAAUCUAAACGGCUGAGGAGAAGCUUCCGGGAAAGCGCAUCGGAGGUGUGGGGGUUUGCAGACGACUACGCCUUCCUGGUAGCUUCCUUGCUCGACCUGUUUGAAGCCUCGGGCGAUUCUGAUUGGCUGGCGUGGGCCAUGGAGCUACAGGAAACGCAGGAUCGCCUCUUCUGGGAUGAGCAGCAAGGAGCCUAUUUCAACACAGCGGAGGGCGACCCGUCGCUGCUGCUGCGCAUGAAAGAGGAUUACGACGGGGCGGAGCCCGCUGCCAGCUCAGCAGCAGCUGCCAGCCUGGCACGCCUCGGAGCCAUGAUUGGUGGGGAGAGGGGCGCAGAGUACCGCAGGAAAGCAGCGAGAUGCGUGACGGCCUUUGAGGACCGUCUUUCCCGCAUGCCGCUCGCGCUACCCCAGAUGUGCUGCUCGCUGGAUCUUCUCGCUGCCACGUCAUCGCCAGCUCAGCGCCAGGUCAUCAUUGCUGGCCCGAGGGACGCUUCUGAAACCGAGGCGCUGCUGAAUGGAGUGUUUUCCGUGUUUCAACCGAAUUGCACU